AUGCAGGACUCAAUAGAAGACCUACUGGAUGAUGAUUAUAGUCGUCUUUCACUUCGCGUGUCUCAACAUCCAAAGAACUUGGCAUAUUGGGAGGAGCUCUUGAAUCAUUUGUUGGACAAAGCUAGCCCUCUAAACAAGGCAAUAGAUAAAAGAUUUGCCGACCUCAUAAGAUACACUUACAAUGCUAUGUUGUCUCAAUUCCCUUUUCUAGAAAAUUAUCACAUCGACUACGCCUUGUUUGAGUAUAAGCUUGGAAAUGUUAAAGAGAUGCAUCACAUCUUCAUAUCAGGUCUACAGAAGAUGAACAAUAUGUCCCUUCUGCUGUGGGUCGAAUAUUUAAAAAUAUGCAACGAGGUGAUAUCUAAUAACAAACAGUUAUUCCGCAAAUAUGAGCUCGCUGAGGCUUCUGUGGGGUUGCAUUUUUUCAGCGGCGAAUUUUGGGAGAUGUAUCUGAAUCAGUUACUACUGCGCUGUAAAACGCCGCGAAGAUACUUCAUCGUUUUGAGAAAGGUUUUGGAACUUCCGAUAUACUCCUAUAGCAUAUUUUAUGCAAAGUGGUUAAAGCAUAUAGACGAUAUUCGUGAUUUGAGCCAAUUGACAAUGAUGGCGCCUAAAGAUGAGCUAGCUAAAAAACUAAAAGUCGACGUAAAUCAGGCAUCGAGAAGAGGACCGAGACUUCAGGCUGCUAAGAAGCAGCUGAAAAAGUACACGAAAGAACUUUACAUGGUUAAUCAAUACCAAAUUUUGGAAAUGUACAAUUUGUUCGAAGUACAUUUGAAGACACAUUUUUAUUGCUCUGCUCAAACAUUGAUCGACUACAGUCAAAUCAGCACAUGGGUGAGAUAUUUAGAUUACUCAAUUAAUAUUCGGACUCCUGCACUUACUCAGCUCAAUUUCCAAAGAGCAUUACUUCCCUUAGCACACUAUGAGGUCAUAUGGUUAAAGUAUGCAAACUGGCUACUAGAAUCAGAGGGAGAUUUGAUCUCUUGCAGAAGCAUUUUGAUGCAGGGAUUGAAGAUGUCCCACAAAAAAGCAAAAAUCCUGGAUAAGUUGAAUUCCGUAAUGAUUUCUCUAGGUGAAUACAAACAGCUGUCUUCUCUAUAUCAAGGACUUCAUGCUGCUUAUGGAGACAAAAUAGAGGAAACCGAUGAUUUUGAGCUUUUCUUAGAUUACCUUCAAUUUCAGACCUUUGCGGGUACUAUUUCAGAGGAAUUGACAGAAAUCAAUCUUCCAAAACGGCAAAGCUUAAUUUUAGAUAUAGUAAUGAAACGAUUGAGCUAUGGCGAACACAAGAUCGGUCAGGAAGAACUUCUGCACGUGAUUUGUGAGAUGUAUAGCACUCUCAAUCGGCAAAUAAUAGAGGAAAAGGUGUUUAGGCCGAUAAUUGAUCAAAAAUGGGAUUAUUACUUGACAAAAGGUAAAUUUUGGUUUGAGUAUUGCCAUCGAGUCUGGUUCGAUCCAGAUUCCUCAUAUUUGGAAAAAAGGAAAUUUAUUGUGAAACACAUUUGGCCAGCUGCUUCACAAUACAGAGAGCAUGCACGUCCUCUUCUCGAACAGUUUUGUCAGAGCUACCUCCCAGAAGAGUUUGAGAGCUUUGAGGAUAUUUUCUAUUAA